AUGUCUAUUACAAUGAAAUUCGUAUUUGUAUUUGUUAUUGGUUGUACUGUCCUUAAUUUAAUUGAAUGCAACCCAGUAGAGUUAGUGUCUCUAACAAAUAAAAGAGAUGACUCUGGUCAAUUCUUAUCACGAUAUAAGUUGGAUGAUGGUACUGGAGAAGAGAAGAUGGGUAAACUAUUGUCAAACAACAAUGGAGAGGAUGCUAUUCUCGUUCAACGAGGUUCAUAUACUACAAAUGUCGAUGGGCGACUUAUUACAUACAAUUGGAUAGCUGACACAAGAGGUUUCAGGAUAUCAAAAGCCUAA